AUUUUUCCUCGAUUGGUGCGUGGACAUUGACUAUGGUGAUGUUUCUUGACUUUGUCCUCACCCUUAAUUUGCACAUUUUAUCACUAAUAGGCUGGAAGUCGAUUAUUGAACUAAGCAUUUUUUGAGAAACCAUAAACCCUGUUCCAAAUGCGUACUCGUCUACACUUCCACUGUAGAAGAUGUCAUGUUCGUUUAAUACGCCCAUUACAGUCCAGCAGACCCUUUGCAACGCGGCCAUAUCCACUUAUCUAGUUGAUCCGACAGUUCCUUCAAUGCACCAGGUCAGUAUAAUGAUCGUACAUUACAUGUUCCAAAAAGAAGUGAUGUUUUCCGAAUUCCAAGUCGCUGGCGUUUAGUAGUCCGAUUUACGAGGCAAGAUUGUGUUCUCGUAACUCGGGUGUUUUUUAACGAUGGGUGAGUAGUCAUCCCUACCCAUCAACCUUCCUCCUUUAUCCGGGCUUGGGACCGGCUGCAGUCCUAGCGUGACUACUUCCACAGGCGGAGCUAGGAUUGAAAAAUGGGUGUUUCAUACUUGUAUACUUUCAUGAAAAAUAUAGAGGCGUUGCGGAAAGUCAGUAUUUCAGAAGAAGCUGAUCGUUACAAGAGGAAUGAAAACAAAUCUCCUGUUAUAGCUGUGGAUGGAAUUAAUUUAAUCUACUCGCUAUAUUCAUAUCAUCAUAUUCCUUGGGCAUAUGGAGGGCAAUUAAAAGAAUACAUGGGACAUUUUGAAUGUUUUAUAGAAUCUUUCCAAAGGGAAGGCAUAGAUUUAUUUUUUUUUUUUGAUGGUGCAAAUGUCAUGUUUAACAUUGAUGGAUGGAUAAAACGAAAAAGAGACACUGUCAAAGAAGUCCAUGAAUUUUUUGAUAAAAUUGAAAAUGGUUUAGGUGUUGAGAAAGUUGAAACAAAUGCAAAUUGUUUAGUUUUACCAAAGAACAUUUUGGCUAUCACAAUAUUUGUAUUGAAACAAAAAGGAUGCAAGGUCAAAAUAACUUUAAAUGAAUGUGAUCGUGAAUUGGCUUUGUUUGGACGGGAAAAUAACUGCAUGGGUAUACUUGCAACAGAUACUGAUUUUAUCAUUUAUGAUACUGUCAAAAUAUAUUCCACAAAAAAUAUGAACCUCAGUGAAAUGAGUUUUUAUGUAUAUGAUAAAAAUAAGGUUCAGGAAAAACUUAUGCUUAAAUCCAGUGAACUACCACUAUUUGCAAGUUUGGUUGGUAAUGAUUACACAAAUUCAACAGAUCUGAAUAAUAACUCUUACAAGAAAUGGUUUAAUCAGAAUGAUACAGUAAAAAGAUUUUGUGGAAUAGCUGAUUACAUUAGGAGACUUAAUUUGAAGAUCCACAAUGGUAGACUGUUCAAAAAUGAUAUCACAAAAAUUUCCAGAGAUUUUUUUAGAGAAGAAAAAAUGGCUAUGAUUCUUCAAGAAAGUCUUAAUUUCUACCAUCUAAGAUCAGAAGGAAAUGGUUUAGAUUCAAUAAUGUCUGGUAUAUCUGAUUACAAAUGGAGAUCCAUCAUUAAAAUGCUUUAUAAAGAAUUUUCCUGUUAUAGUAACUAUCUAGAUAUUUUAAUUAGACAUUGCUAUCAAGAUUGUAUCUCACUACAAGAUUUCACGCUCUCCGAUAUCCCAGUUGCUGCAAAAGUUUUGAAACCACUUAGAGAAAGAUGGUAUGGCAUUCUCUUAUAUGAAAAACCUGGCUUAAAGAAAGUAACAGAGUGGCUUAUUGAUGGCUAUGAGAGCUUAGCCAAACCUAAGGAAGUUAGUCCCCAAUUUCCAAAAGUACACCAUCCUGGUUUAAUCUCCCUUAUUAGAGGCCACAACAAAGAAGCUAAUUGGAAUCUACUUGGGGAUACUUUUAAUUUAAAUCCUGGUUAUUUGAAGAAUUUUCCUCUAGAUUUAUUAAUUCCUGCAUUGUCUUUUCGAUAUUUAAAGGAUAAAGUUAUCAUUCAUAAAUGGGAAGUUAAUGCAUUAAUAUUAUCAGCAAUACUUGUCAGAUAUUUCAAUGCCAGGCAAUUGAGAUCGAUUAAGUUGGAUCAAGUUAAAUCAAGACCUAUUAGACUUUACAAUUUGGUUACUUGUUCUUUUGAAGUUGUUUUACAAAUAUCUCAGGUUUUAGCCCAUCUAAUUCCUGAUGAACUGAUUUAUACAGGCCAUUCUAUCAGAAAAUUUCAAUUCUUAUAUAUUUUUUUAUAAAAGUAAGGUAUUUUUUGUAUAAUUAGAAAUUGGAGACCAGAUUUCCAUGUUAUUGCACAUUUUAUUCACUUGCAUGUAAAAACUUCAAAUCUGAUGAUCUAUCCAUUUCACAAUCUCUAUAAUAACAUAUUGAAAUUUGAUAUUGCACAUUUUGCUGUCUUUGCUCUAAAUUGCACGAUUUUGAUUUUUUUUUGCUACAAAAUGCACAUUUUUGCAACAUUUGUUGAUUGAGAUGAUUUAUAAAUAUCAUACAUAUGUGCACGUAAAUAAUUAUGUUUUUAUUUUACUAUCUUGUCCAUAUUAAAUUUAUUAUUGUGUAAACAUUUAUGAGGAAAGUAAAUAAUUCUAUGACUAACAUCAAUUUGAAUUUAAUGUUGCAAAAGGAAGUAGUAAACAAAGUGGGAAAUAUUCUUGGAAUAGAACUUGCCUAAAUUUUAGAUAACAAUAAAAAACUGCUUUCCUAGAAUAAGCUUUUAUGUUAGAAAGAAUUUAUUGUUAAUGUUUUAUCUUUAAUUCUCACUCAUUUUCAGUCUUUUAGUCUCCUUCUGGCUUUGGAAUGAAUUUUAGUAAUUUCAUUAUAAUUAAAAAUUAAUAAAUAAAAUUGAAUAAUACCGAAAAUAUGAUCUGGUCUCUAGGAUCUGUAAAAAUUAAAAUCUGGAUAUCAAAUUACUCUUGAAAUUUUAUGGGACUGUUAUUGGCCAUGGUAAGUUGCAUAAAAUGGGGGUAAAAGGUGUCUUCUGAUUUUCUUGUAUGGGAUAUGUAUGAUAUGCAAAAUUCAAAUUUUCCACCUUGGCUAACUCCCCUCCUCCCAGCCCCUGUAUCACUUUUGAAUUUACCAAAAACUGCUAUAUUUUAAUAUCUUUUUUGAACUUUCCCCAUUUUGUCCAUGAAGGAGCACAUUUUCGACAAAUACCGAUCUAUACAAUUUUAAACUAGAUUAAAUAUGCUACAAUUUAGGACCAAAACAUUAAUUAAAUUUAAUGGAUUUUAAGAUAUGGGUUUUCAAAUAUUAGAAAAUUUUCUGAACUUGAAAAUUUUAAGCCAUUUUCCAUGUUUGAUCAUAUGCAAUUGUCUUUAUAUCUUUAAUAACCUGUCUGAUAUGAGUCAACGAAGUAAAUAUUUAUUCAUUUUAACAUUUUGAAAGAGGGAUGAGGGAGGAGAGGAAAGAUUUGGGAUCACUGUUCAAAACCAUAUGACUAAAAUUGUAAUACAAAAUGUAUUUAACAAACAUUUACAUUAGUUGUUUACCAAAAUUGUAAAAGAAGUGGCUUAAAAUUUUGAAAAUUAAAAAUGUUAAGGUAAUUUUCAUUUUUAAAUUUUUGAUAACCUGUCUUAUAUGAGUUUGUGAAGUAACUAUUUAUUCAAUUUAACAGAAGGAGGAUACAUUGCUAUAUGAAUGGAGAUAAAUAAUGAGAGAUAGAAACUUAAUGUUGAUAUAUAAACAUAAAAAUGAAUUAAAUAUUUUAAGCAAAUUGAUAAAUAACUGAGCUGGUAAGACCUGAGCCAUUUGUUGUGUUCGAUCUUCUUCCUAGUAAACUAGCGUGUAGCAAAAAUAUAUAUCACUUAUAACACCUUUCAAAACUCUACUCGACUCAGUUGAAGCCAAAGUCCUGAUGGAUAAUAAAUGGUUGAUUUUAUCAUUAAUAUUGUGUAUUUAAAAUAAGUUAUCUUUAGUGUUAAGACCUGAAAUUCUCACUACAUUGGAGCUGGGAUCAUCAGCGAGUUCUAAGUGUUCUAGGGGCUUUUUAUUUUAUUAGGGCUCGUUGACAAGGUUUUACUUAUAAAUAUUUACAUUCCAUUUCAGAAGGUCCAGAACAAUGAAUAUGACUCUGAAGGAGUGGGAUUAGCGGCUUUGUUUGGCCCUGGUCCUUCGAAUCGGAGGAAACACCCUUAAUUCACAUUUUAUUUAUUUCAUUUACUCCUUGUGUAUAUAUUUGAUGCCAAUAAAUAAAAUUUAUGUUUCAAUUUCAGUCGUCUGGUUGUGAACAGUAAUUCCGCCCUUUCCCAUCAAUACAUUCCUCCUCCCCCCCCCACCUCUUCUGUAUCACCAUGGACAUAACUCCUCCAGUUCGGGAAUUUUGGAGGCAGCUGAGCAAAUAACUAUGGGAACGGCAUUUGAGGCAGGGUUUGAAAUCAAUAAUUAAAAAAAUCAAAACCAAAUUUGAUCAAAAUUUUUAUCUUCUUCUUUCUCAAUCUCCUUUGUGCUGUUAAGUAUGGAGUCUUGAUAGUCUUGAUCCACCUUCGGUAUAUGUCUACCUAUCCUGGGCCUUUCUUUUCAUCUUGCUCAGUGUUAACCCCCACUAUUGUCCGAGUCUAUCCAUAUAGCUAUUAUAUGUGAUUCUCAGACGUCCAAUCGGUCUCUGCCUCCAUCAGCCACCUAACUCAACGCUCGUUCCCCAUCCUGCAGACAUGUCCAUACCACUUGAGCUGGCAUUCCUCUAUGACAUCCCUUACAUGUAUAAUUCUAAGGGUAUCUCUAAUUCUAGUUCUGUUCCUUACGCAGUAUCUUCUUGUCUUUCCAGCAACUCUUCUGAGAUAUCUCAUUUCUGCUGAUGUCACUCGUGAGACAUUCUUUUCCAAGAGUACCCAGUUCUCAGCUCCAUAUAAUAAAACCGGUAGGAAGACAGAUCUAAAGAUGCCAAGCUUCGCUUCUUUGCUCACUUCUUGCUUGCCCUCCAUUGUUCUGGAAAUUUGGAAGAAGAGCUGAUUAGCACUCGAUGCAUAACUUCCUAGUCCAUCUUCCCAUCCUGACUGAAGACAGUUCCCAGAUAUUCAUAAAUCCAUAUAUUUAUGGAAUACAUUUCCAUAUAUUCCUGCCUUUUAUUUUUCUGUUACAGAUUUUCAAUUGACUUCCUUUCAUAUACCUUUCUCUUAACUUUUAUAGAAUUUAUAAUUCUGGUCUCAUCAACCAGGAGAUUGUGGUCUGUCUCCAGCUCUGCUCCUCUAAUGAUUUUUAUGUCUGUAAAGUACUACUUGAGGUCUCUAAAUAACGUAGUCAAUGAUGCUUGAACCUUCUUGUCUUUGAGCUUCAAAAGUUACCUUGUGAAUCCUCUUGUGGUUAAAACAGGAAUUUCCUAGGAAAAGGUCAUUCCAAUCUACCAAUCACAUCAUAUGACCGAUUAUGGUCUUGCCCAGUUCUUGCAUUUAGGUCUCCCAUGAGGAUGAUACUUUUAUUCCUAGUGGUUGCUGAGUCAACAGUUCGCUGAAGUUCCUCAUAGAAGUUCUCUUUAUCCCUGACACUGUUAUUCUCUGUAGGAGCAUCAUAUAACUGAAUACACAUAACUUUUCUCAUCAUGAUUUGAUAUCCAUUACUAUGAUUCUGAAGAUAUGGCCUCUCAUUUACAUAUCCUGUUGUACAGCUCGUCUCUCAGGACAAAUGCCACUCCCUCCUUGGAUCAUCCUGCAUUUAUCCCUGAUAAUAUCGUUACAAAUCCAGAUGGCAAAUUCCUGCUUCCCCAAUUCUUCCUCCUUGCCUCACUCAGAUCCAAGAUAUCCACCCUUGAUCUCCUCAACGAGCUCUGCCUCACGACCGGUGAGCGUUCUAAUAUUCCAUGUAAUCUUAUGUCUUUGUCCAUGCCAUCUCGUUUCCUUGUUGACUGCCCAAUUCCAGGUCUAUCUUUACCACUUUGAAUCUUAUAUAUUCUGGGUGGGAGAUUGGCCCAAGCCUCAGAGGCCCCGUAUCCUCGGGAUAAUUGGACUCCAAAAUAUUUAGUCCCCCUCAAAAGGAAAGGUGGCCAGACUAUACCUCCUGAUGCUGGAUCCCCCAACCUAGAGGGCUAGUGGCUGUUUGCAGUCAUUUUUUUGCCUCAUUAUUUUUAUCUAGAAUUCAAAAAAUCAUUUUAUGAAUAUUAUUAGGAGCGAUUUUUAUUUUUGAUCAUAGGUGAUAAAAAUCACCCUGAUCAUUAUUUUUUAUCACAAUUUUUAUAACUAACAAUAAUAAUAUUUCUUGAGUAAUAGUUUUUUAAACAAGAAAUAUAAACUGGUUGUCAUCUCUAUGAUUUAUUUUGAGUCUGGAGUAGUUGGUGGAGAAUAUUGCUGUCAACUAUUAGCAACAGAACAUCUUAAUUUCCGAAAUUCAUUAGAAAUUUUGGCUUACAAAAAAAAAAAAAAAAAAAGAAAAAAUAUAUAUAAUAUUUAAAAGGUGGAAAUUAAUAAUAUAUACAUACAUAUUAAUAUAUCCUUUAAUUUGUGUGUAAAAGAUGAUUUUUAUUUUCUGAUCACAAUUUAAUCAUUAUUAUUUAUGUAAAACCUCAGUGAGUGAUCAUUAUUUUUAAUCAAAUCAAUAAAUAUCAAAGAUUCAUUCAAAUUUUUAUUUUUAAAUCAGGCAAGAUUUUUAAAUUGAAAAUCAAAUAUAAUAAUUAUUAUAUGAUUUUGUGGAAAAAAUAAUUAUCGAUUUCAAACUCCUGUUUGAUUUCUUGAACUAUUCCUCCCAGCUGGUGAUUGAAAAGAAUUAUCUGUUCUACUGAUUGUUUGUAUAUUGGAUGAAAAACUGCAGUUGGUUAUGCCCAUUUAACAUAAGAAGACAAGGCCUUGUGAUCCAUAUCUAAAGAAGAUGAAACUUAUGUUUGAUUUUUAUCGGCAACUUAUGCAUUCUCUAUUUUGUCGACACCAAUUUUGCCAGAAGGCAAAGAAGGUCGAAAUAAUUAAAACUAAAUACUUCUAAUUCACACAUGAUGUUCUUCCAAUAGUACUAAAAUUUUAUUAUUAUUAUUAUUAUUGUUAUUUUUAUUUUGUCUCAUAGUUCAUAGUUUAUUUCAACUCUAUCAUUUUCAUCUGUAUUCUUUUUAAGGCACUUCCAAGUAAUUAUCAAGAUGGAAAAUUAUUUCAAUUGAUAUAUCUAUUGAGUUUAGAUGAUCAUAUGUCUUUAAAAGAAAUAUUGAAAUAUCUCUUUGAUUCAUUUUUGGAAAAUAAUAAUAAAAAUAUAGUAAGUUAUUAAAAUUAUAAAUUCAUCAUUACUAUUAUAAUUGUUAUAAACAUAUAGGUAGAUAUUAAUACAUUCAUUCAGUUCCAAGUAAUUUGAAAAACUGUUUUAUAGGGGGUUUUUCAGUUGAUAGUAAUAAUAUAUAUAUAAAACAGAGUGUCCUUUCCAAAAGGACCAUCCAUACCAAAAGUGUCAUCAUCAAUUUAUUAUCAUAUAUUUAUAGUCAAUAACAAUGAUAGUAAUUAUGUUAUAAAUGGAAAAAUCCAAACUACAAAGUCAUGAGUCUCCAACAUACAGGGGAAUAACUAUUUUAAUUUAAUAUAUGUUAAUUUUUGAUUAUUUGUAAAAAUGUUACUAUUAUUAUCAUUGACUAUAAAUAUUAUAACAUCUCUCUUAUAUUUUACAAAUAAUAAUAUGAUUGCAAAAAUGGACUGAGUGAAGAAGAAGUAAAAUCUCAUUGUCCUAUGCCACUUAUGUCAUUUAGAAGACUGGAUUUCACAAUGAACUGUCCAUUUUUUUUUUUUUUUUUUUUUUUUUUUUGGGUCCUUCCCUUCCUCGCCGUUAAGGCUAUACGGGAUUUUCCCAGGCCAGGGAGUGUGGGCGGGGAUUUAAAAGACUCCCCCGGCACCGGGACGCGAACUCGUGACUAUUUUUAUAUCUUUGAUUCAUAUAUCAGGUUGCCAGGCAACAGCGGUGCAGUGCACACGCUUUAGCCCAUUCGGC